AUGCGUUAUUGCAUACCAUGUAUUCUAAAUCCUCAAAUUCCUACUUAUUUCACCAACAGAGCCUUAUGUUAUUUGAAAUUACAUCAGUGGGAACUUGCAUGUCAAGACUGUAGGAGAGCUUUAGAGCUUGAUAGUUCGUCAAUCAAAGGUCAUUUUUUCUAUGGUCAAGCUUUAUUAGAAUUGGAAAGUUUUGACGAGGCUAUAAAAUAUCUUCAGAGAGCUAGUGAUUUAGCAAAAGAUCAAAAAUUAAAUUUUGGUGAUGAUAUUGCUAGUGAAUUAAGGAUAGCUAAAAAGAAACGAUGGACUGUUCAAGAAGAUAAAAGAAUUGGUCAAGAAAUUGAAUUACAGUCCUACCUAAAUAAAUUGAUCCUUGAAGACAAAGAAAGGGAGAUGGCAGAAUUACAAGAUUUGGGAAUAAGGAAUCAAGCUGAAAUAGCUAAACUCACUGAUAAAUAUGAUCGUUACCAGAGAGAAUUGAACAGUAUGUUUGAUAAAUUAGAUGAAAGAAGAGUGAAAACUGCUGGUGCAGUUUUUAUCAAGCUUGGAACUUUGGCAUAAUUUGAUGUGUGAGAC